AUGGAAUUCGCUUACAGCAGCUUGUCCUUGUACUCGGCCCCUGUCAGGGUCAGACCGGCAAACGGAAGAAAAUCAUCUUCUAGGACCAACACUAACACUAGCACUAACACUAACACUGACGCUAACACCAACACUUACACUUUUGUGCAUGGGGCCAAUAAACAUAAUACUAAUAACUCUGGCAAUCACCCAAGUCACACUCACGACCAAGGAGACCACAAGAAUUAUCACGACCAAAAUCAAGACCACGAGCACAAUUCCGAUCAAAACAACCAGAACCAUGGAGAUCUAGAAGCCGGCGCUGGAGAUCAGACUAACAACAGUAACGGGGAGGAAGAUCAGCAUCAGCAAGACCACAAAAAGACAAAGAAACAGAAGACCAGCUCGCUUAGGUCAAGGAUACCUGGUAGGCGUCGGCCACCACCUGCCGGAACUAUCCCGCAAUCUCUGGCACAUAGGCCGGCGUCGCAUUACUUUCAUUCUAGGACCUCCUCUUCAUUUAGUGCUAGCUCCCCCACCCACCAUAUUUCCUCUUCUUCUUCUUCGUCGCCUACAGCACCUAUAAUCAACAACACCAGUAACACCAAGAAUUCGACUGUUGCACCCGCAUCCGCACUCGCACUCGCACCCGCGCCGCCGUUAGCCGCCGCUUCAGCCUCAACCCUAACUUCGAUCGCAUCAUCCGGUUCCCGUCCGUCUACCUCUGCAAUUUUACCGCCCGCCUCCGAUUCCGAGCGACCGCCUACUUCGCCAAAAUCCUCAAGAUUCAUUAAAUCCAUACACCUACCUAUCUUUAGCUCCGACCACGCUCAUAGCUCACGGCAUCCGUCGACGUCGGCCCUGCCUACCCAAAAACCUUUUGGCCUCUUAUUGCCUGCUCGCCGAAGAUCGACCAAGAGUAAACAUCAUGACUCGAUGACCAUGGAGCCUGGUUACGUCCCUGCUCAAAAGUACCCCUCGGUGUCGUCCCGUGGUGGCGGCGUCUACGCUGGAUCUGGCUCUUCUCACCCCGACCACCCUUCCAUUAUGACGUCAAAUGAGAACUUAUCCUCCAAGGAGGGGAGCAUAGCCUCGACUUCCACCAAGCAUUCGCUCACCGCGGCAAAGACAUUCAUCAUGCGAAACAACCGACUUUACGUCAACCAGCCUUCGCUACUGUAUCCUUUACCAGUCGACUUAACAGAACUUCAUCGUCAAUCUUUGCGCACACUGAUGCUAUUACAGCUUUUCGGCGGUCCGACCACAGCACCCGAGUUUGCCAAUAAGCCCCCACAGCGUGUCCUCGAAGUAGGGUGUGGCUCUGCGUUCUGGAGUAUGAUGUGCCAUCGGUACUUUGCACAGCAUGGCCACUCAUCCAUAUCCUUUACUGGCAUGGAUAUUGCGCCUCUGGUGGGGAUGGGCCUCGAUGGAGGCUGGAGACCAGACAAGGAUAUGCGCUGGCGGUUCGUCCAACACGAUGUACGGCGGCGACCAUGGCCGUUUAUCGACGGUGAAUUCGACUUGAUUAUGGUCAAAGACAUGUCACUCUCGCUUUCGACUUCCAUGCGCGACUCGCAACAGCUCUUCGAAGAGUACUUGCGCAUACUAAAGCCAGGUGGCGUGAUUGAAUUUUGGGAGAGUGAUCACGCCGUACGUAUGCUAAGGCCACAUGUUCUUAGGACUCCGGUUGCGUCGAAGGCCGCCGACUCUGAUUCAGAUUCGGACGAUAGCAGCGAAGAAGAAGACGACGUAGAGAGAUUAGGAGCCUACACCAUGACGAACAACACACCGCUUAGCGCGCCGCUCAACCCAUUCCUCGUCGAGUAUAAUGGCUGGGCAAUCAAAGGGUUGGAUGCGUUGGGCUUGUCGGCGGUUCCUUGUGCGCUGAUCGGCGCCUAUCUCUUACAGGAAGUGGAUACCCUUAUGGAAUUGCGAUCAAAGAGGAUAGCGGUACCGCUGAGCGAGAUCAGAUGGGAGCGCGAAGGUGUCGGCGGUGUAGUGACAAAGGAUGGCAAGAGCUAUAUCGACUCGAUGAAAAGAAAGGGCAGGUUAAUCGAUUCUCGAGAUGAUAAGCGGAAGGGGCUGACAACUAGCCAAGCUGCUCUCAGACGAACCGCGCUAGAGACGAUGGUAGGGUUGAUACUCUGCCUCGAGCCGAUCAUCCGAGAAGUUAGCGGGAAGAGCCAAGACGAAUGGGACGGAUGGUGUGGAAAGAUGAUGAACGAUCUACUGCGCGAAGGCGGCACGAGUUGGGGAGAAUGUCUAGAAGUCGGGGCAUGGUGCGCCAGGAAGAAGCUGACUCCGAAUUCAUAA